UUCGAAGCUACAUCUUUCUCUAUGUUUAGAAUGGAACAGGAUCAAGCAUUAGUAUGGGCCGAGGCACAAAAUCUGGCCAUUAGCGUUGAUCUCGUGGCUUUAACCAAACAACAGCUUCAGUUCCUUGCGGAGGUUGAUAGGAACCGGUCCCUCUAUGAUGGCCCUAUCUUAGACCGAGCCAUCUAUAGGUACAAAUACUGUUGGCUUCCUCUGCUUGCCGAACACACCGCUUCUGCGAUUUCGGAAGGCCCUUUAGUUGUUCCACUUGACUGUGAAUGGAUUUGGCAUUGCCAUAGGCUAAACCCUGUGCAAUACGAGGCCGACUGUGAGGAACUCUACGGGAGAAUUCUAGACAACCGAAAUGUCAUAUCGUCCAUUACGACAACUUGCAGAAAACAAACUGAAGAAAUUUGGGACAGGAUAUAUCCUUCUGAGCCAUAUGAACUUAAUAUGAGCACCCAUUUCUCAGAGAAUGUUCGAAAUUCCGUACAAACUUCGAAGAGCACCGAGUAUGAUCUAGUUUCAGCUGUCAAGAGGCAAAGUGCUUUCUUUUAUCAGGUAUCCAGAUCCCAUAUGAAUGAUGAUGCCUUUCUUGACGGAGCUUUAGCCAGAUACAAGGGUUUUCUAUAUUUGAUAAAGAGGAAUUGGGAAAAUUCUGAGAGAUGUUUUUGUGUUCCGACGUAUGACAUCGACCUUAUUUGGCAUACUCACCAAUUGCAGUCUGUUUCUUACUGCAAAGAUGUGAUGGCAGCCUUGGGAAAGGUAUUAGAACAUGAUGACACAGAUUCUGAUAGAACCAAGGGUAAGAAGCUAGACAAUGGGUUCCUUAGAACCACCAAACAAUGGGAAGACAUAUUCGGAUCGAGGUAUUGGCGUGCUGGGGCAAUGUACAGAGGAGACGCACCGUCUCCACUUGGACUCGACUUGUCUCAAUUGGACAACCUGAUGGAGGAGAAGAUGGCCCCAUCAAAUGAAGAUCAAGAUUUAUUUCCAGUUCAUAGGAAAAUGGUUAUGGAGAUUAUGAUUGAGAUUAUUGGGGUAAAAGGUCUACCCCAGGGACAUAAAGGAAGCCUCUUUGUUACAAUCAGCAAGAAACAACCAGAUUCAUUUCUUAACAACAAAAGAAGCCUAAGCAUUUUGUCUGCUACUAGUGAGAAACAAGCAAUUGAUUUCCUCUGUGAACCUAUAGGGGAUCUUGUCUUUGAACUAAUAUCAUAUAAACCUGCCAAAACAUUGGGAACAACCUCAAUCUCCCUAAAGGACUUAGUAAGCUCGGUUUCUCUGCUUUAUGAAGACAAAUGGUUCGAUCUGGUGUCAAAUUCGACACUUGCUGACUCGAAGCCUAUAAGUUUACAAAUCGCUUUGUCAUUCAUUCCUCCGAGUCCAGCGCCAUACAUGGUUCGAACACCUCCAUUCCCUGUUAUCCCUGGGAAGUUUCAGCAUUUGAAGUAUUCUUAUGUUGCCGAUGAGGCUGGCAAUGAUAUAAUAAUCCUCCACAUGAGAGAGGCAAGAGACAAUUACCAGUCAAGAAAGAAAGUGAUUGGCUUAACACCAUGUGGUGAAACGCAUGUGCUUGCAGAGCCAGCUGGGAAAGGUUGGUUUUUGAACAACUCUCGUUGGUGGUUUCAUCUUCAUAAGAAACUACACGAAGAUGGCCAUGCAUUUGGGUUUAAAGGAAAUCGAAAGCUGAUUGUUUUUGGAGGAAGAAAACUGGGAUAUGAGAUUAACAGCAGCAAUAAUCAGAAAAAUGAAGAGCAUUUCAUGACAGCUGUUGAGUUCUCCAUGGAUCAUCCAUAUGGAAAAGCUGUAGCAUUGAUGAACUUCAAGUCUGGCAUUAUAGAGAUAAGUGAAGAAGAAUCACUUGUACUCCCCAUGAUUAUACUGGCUUUUCUACUAUCUGAAAAUUGGAGCAACUGUGUGAAAAGCUGCAAAUAUGAAGAAAAAAGUGCUCCAUGCGGUGAGUGCGUUGAUGAGAAGGGUGGGGGUGAAGCCAUCAGUGACAGAAUCAAAGACUUCCCUGGCCAUGAAGAUCUGGUCAAGAGUAGCCAUUCCGGCGGGUGCGGUGCAGGCUGUGGAGGGAGUUGCGGCGGACAUUGCGCUGGUGGUUCCUGCGGAGGGCACUGUUUCGGUGGUGAUGCUUUGUGAUGUGACGGGGAAAAU